AUAGCACAUUUCUUGGACAUAGCUCCAAAAAUAUUAAAAUGAAAAUAAUGUAUAUGUUACAAAAAUAAGUAAUGGAAGGGCCCAUCUCAAUAGACGUAGUGGUACAAUCCCCACCUUUUAAAAAAUAAAUAAUAAACAUAAUAAAUAAAUAAAACACUAUACAAAACGUUCUUAGAACAAAUUGCUGAAAGUUAUUUAUUGAAUCUAUCACUCACUUGGAACAACUUUAAACAAUGUUCAUCUAGUCAGACACAAUUUGAAGAUCAUGAGUCACCAUUUUUGGAAAUUUCCGAAAACAUUUUCAUUCAACAAGGUACAUUUUGUACCGUCAGCACCGUCAGUUUGUACCGGGGGUUGGGUGAUGGAUUACAACGGGCAAUUGGAGCCUAUUCAGGAAGCAUAAAGCAGUGGACACCCAGUCUAUUAAUGUUUCAGAAAUCAUAUGUAUGUAUUAUUUACUUGCUUAACUUCUUGCAGCGAUUCCGCGGAGGUAAACCGAGAAUCAUUAGCACUAUAAAGCCCAAUUAAAACCAACACUUCUUGACAUUAUCAUGUUCCAUGAAUUUCUAUCAAGUUACGAUAUAUAUUUUAAGGAGUAAUUCAAAUAUCCAUUCCAUAACAGUUGGAUUUAUUUAAUAACAGGUCAACUGCUAGCUCAAGCACCAGAAUUUAUUAUCACGUGAUGUAAGUUGCUAUGGGUGCUCAAUGCUGCGUACGGUUUACAAGUGUGUUUUGCAAACAUGAUGUAAUACUUAAUUACAUAAAGGAUCAUUCGACCAGCAGCUACAAAUGCCAUGCCGUCGUGCUGGGGCUAUAAAACUGUUCUGAUAUCGUUGCUCUCCUGGAAAAUCCCUAUCCGGGUUGUACGUAACCAUGGAAAAUAGACAGGACGUGAGAUUUCGAGUUUUGGGUUUGCUCUAGUUUAUUUUUAUGUUUUUACCUGUAAGACAAAGAGCUUUUGGAAAAUACGGAGGAGAUUCUGGGUACUUUUUUGUAUCGUGCUUUACUGCCUUCAUAGGCCUGUAGUAACGAGACCUGAUUCCCCUUCUGUCUUAUGUCUAGCAGUGUUAGGUUCUGAUCCACGUUGCCAUUUUAACAUUGAAGCCCACAAUCGUAAUCCAACUAUCUUACUUGGUUUUGUCGAAAAACAAAGAAAUAUCACGAUAAAUGUUUAUUGUGCAUGUUUAAUUUCAUUAAAGUUAAAAUUCCCUACUCACAGCUAAUUAAAGUCUAACGUAGAUUGCUGCCAACCAUAUACUUUAUACUAUGCAUUGAAACUUUUAAAAGAAGGCUGUGCCUGUGAGUAUUUUAUAAGGCCAUUUCAGGACCAGGUUGCCUGCAGGCACACUGAAGGAUGAGGAGCAGUCGUGUCACGGCUGGAUGGCUUUCUGUCUGUAGCUGUUCGCCUGUGCACUUUGAUUAUGCAUGUCUGCAUGGUACGUCUGGAUUUACCCAAGACUAAUGAACGCACAAAAAAUACGACGUUCAGAAGGCAGCCAUCCCACCUCUCCCGGAAGUUCCGGGAGUCUCCCGCAAAUUGACAGCUGCUCCCUAGGCUGACACCCGCAAAUGUUGCGCAAUGUACCGGAAAUCUGUCCUUCCCAUUUUCAGCGGUGCUAAGAAGUUUUUACUGCUGCAACCUCGCCCCAAAUUUUACCACCGCCCUCUAGCCCCGCUAUAGGCGGUCAGACAGUGAGGCUGCCGAAACAAAUCUAGAGUCGGGGGGAUCCUGAAGAAAGGGAAGAUCAAGGUGGAUUUCAUCUGAAACAGUGAACAAAAAGAAAAAGUCGGGAAACAGCAUACAGACAGCAUGGAGGACGCCUGGACGUUUGGGCUGGCAGCUGUCCUGGUCGCCUGGGUGCUGCUCUGGCUGUGGAGGGACCGCCUGCUGAUCUCGGACGUGGAGCAGAGGCACGUCUUCGUCACGGGCUGCGACUCGGGCUUCGGGAACCUGCUGUGCAAGAGGCUGGAGCGCCGUGGUUUCCGCGUGCUGGCCGGCUGCCUGACGGAGGCGGGGGCCAGCGAGCUACGCCACGCCACCGGGCCCAACCUCAGGACCUGCCUGCUGGACGUGACGGACAGCGAGUCGGUGCGGCGCGCGGCGGAGUGGGCCAAGGAGGAGGUCGGGGACAAAGGGCUGUGGGGCCUGGUUAACAACGCGGGCCGCUCCGUUCCCAUGGGCCCCACAGAGUGGAUGCAGGUGGAGGACUUCCAAAGCACACUGCGAGUCAACAUGAUGGGUGUCAUCGAGGUGACGCUGGCCUUUCUGCCGCUGGUGAAGCGUGCCCGCGGCCGCCUGGUCAACGUGGCCUCCGUUCUGGGCAGGGUAGGGGCCAAUGGCGGCGGAUACUGCAUGUCCAAGUUCGGGGUGGAGUGCUUCUCCGAUUGCCUCAGGCGGGACAUUCACUACUUUGGUGUCAAGGUGUGUAUCAUUGAGCCGGGGUUCUUCAAGACGGCCAUAACCAGCCUGGAGCCUCUGGAACGGGAACUGCACCGCCUGUGGGGCCAGCUGAGCGCCGAGGUGCGCGAGAGCUACGGGGAUAAGUACUUCGACGAUUACAUCAAGCUCCAGCGGCUGAUCAUGAACAAUUUGUGUGACCCGGACCUGAGCAAGGUGACGAACUGCAUGGAACAUGCCCUGAUGGCACGCUACCCCCGCACCCGCUACAGCGCCGGCUGGGACGCCAAGCUGGUCUGGAUCCCGCUGUCCUACACCCCCACCUUUGUCCUUGACUCCGUGCUCAAAAUGAUGAUGCCCCGUCCCGCUCACAGUGUUUAAGGACGCAAAUUAAAUCUGGGCACACACCAAGCUGACAGCAAAAAAAGAAAUGGCGCCGGCCAAAACAGACAUAGGAUCGGCUCCUUUCAAUUGUGGAAAUUUUCACUGGAACACACUAUCAUGACUAAGGGUGACGGCUGACAUACAGCCCAAUCAGAGAGCUCAGUUUCACCACCUAGCUUUGCCUUUCAACGUGCUGAAUCAGCCAAAACGGCGCCAACGCAUUCAACUACGCGACACACUCCGCCGCAACAGGGAGUCACUGACUCUCACUGAAAGCUCACCAGCUUUCGAGGGCCAAAAAUCGGCUUGGUGUGUUCCAUGAUUAACCAGAGACAUAUAGCGAUUGUGAAACUGCAUUGAAUACAGUUCUGUAACAUUACAAAGACCCAUGAGUAAAAUCCACAUUAUUAUUACUGUUGCAUAUUUCUGAAUUGCAAUGGUGUCAUAUAGAUGUCAAAAUGCUUCACUGUGCCAUCUGUGUAGUGAAAAAAUAUUCUUUCCAGCCCUGCUCUCCAUUGAGCACAUGCACACACACACACGGACAUAAACAGCCAAAGCCAUUUGUGGGUACGUUCUAUGCCUUUAAAACCCAAGCCUUGUUUCCAAUGAAACUCAUCGUUUGUUGAGUACAAAUCCAUUAAUACCAGGCCUUGCUUGUAAGAACAUAUCGGAACCCCUCCUCAAAUUCUAGAAAUGUCACAUUUCCAUUAUAAUAUCAUUGUUUGAUCAUAAUCAGUGUUUACUUUCUUAAAAUAAAGUUUUGUGUGUCCAUCCA